AUGGCGACCACUAGCAAAAUGCCACCUAAACGCAAGACCAACACCGCUCCGGUUGCAAAGCGAUCCGACUCUGACAUCGAGAGCGAACUUCCCAAUGACAAGGAAGAGAGCGGGGGACAGAGAAGGCAAGAGGAUGACUUUGUGCCUUCACCUAGCGAGAGCGAAGAUGGGGAUGCAGACUUCAGACCUAGCGCUUCGAAGAAACCUCGAGCUCGUGGAGCUGGAACUGCAAGCGCUACCGCUUCGCCUAAAGCGAGCGGCAAGUCGAGCGCAUGGAGCGAAGCCGAUCGUGAGCCCCUUUCGGCAAGAUGACCAGAAAUCCACGCUGAAUCUCACUGACUGUCAAGAAUGUCGACAGACAAUCUUGCCUUGUCAUUGAUGCUAGGCCUUUCAGCAGACAAUAAUUUGACUAAGCAAAAAAAGGAGGUCAUCGCAAAAGCGCUUGGACGAAGCGACAAAGCAGUGAAUGUGAGUAAUGAAUCAGCAGCGAUCUACCUCUCCCAAACAUUGCCAGAUACUGACUGGUGGCCGCUUCCUGCGUACGACUAGUUCUGGUGGCGUAAGUUCACGCCUGACGACACACUUUUGCUACAUGGCGCUGCUUCUAACAAGCAUAGCCAAGAACCUUGCCCUCGCAGAUGGUAAGACACACAAGCAAGUGAUGGAAUUGGUCGCACGCUUUACCGAAGGCAAGAUUGGGAAGUAA